AUGUCGAGACGCCAGUCCGCGAUGGUCCCUCCGCCGAAGCCUCCGACGCAACUCUCCUCGUCCCUAGUCAUUGCGGAACAAGCACAGUUAGUCGGCACCGAGCUCAUAACGCUGGGCUCAGAUACCAUCAUCCAUCCGAGAGCAAAGCUGAAUUCCAGCUUUGCGCCCAUCACAGUGGGAAGGCAAUGUAUCAUCUGCGAGCGCAGCCAGAUUGGUUUGCAGAGCGAUCCACCUGAUGAAGCAAAAUAUGGCGUGGUACUUGAGGACGGAGUAGUCGUUGAGCUCGGGGCUGUAGUGGAAGCCAGAAGGAUAGGAGAAGGCACUGUGAUUGAAGUCAAUGCGAAAGUUGGGAAGGGUGCAAUGCUGGGAAAGCAUUGCAAGAUUGGACCUCUGUGCGAAGUGACAGACGGAGAGGUUCUUCCGGAUUAUACGGUCCUGUACGGAGAUGGGAUGCGCAGGUUAGACGCCAGUGGAGCCGAGGACAUGAAGAUAAAGAACCUUGCGAAUCAAAUCGAGGUGAUGAGGAGGCUUAUACCGAGCAACUUGGCCAAGUUCCAAUAA